UUAAUUUAUGCUAAAAUUUUGCUUAUGAAAACUAAAAGGUUUCGAGUUAAAAACGGUUGUCAGCGUUUUCACUGGCCCAUUAGUACGUGAACUUUGUUGUGAGAAUGAAUAACGGGUCUGCAAGUGCAACCGCAAACGAUCCAGAUGAGUCGGAGGAGAAUACAUCAGAGAAGAGUUUCUACGAUACGAAAAUAUUUCGUUGGUUUUCUUUGUUUCUAUAUAUCGGUGGUAUAAGUGGCCUAGGCAUGAUUUUAUCGCUAUACUAUUUACUUUUCUUCGACUCAACUAUGCCUGACAUACAUCUGAAGUUUCCUAUAUCUAUAGACGGCAAACCAGUGCAAAAAGUUCAGUCGUAUACAUAAAGCUCUUCUGAAGACAAAAUUGUGAUACCAGAGAAAAUCGCCAUACGCCUACUCAAUUCAUCGGAAGUCACCGCCGAACAAUUCUACAAACACAUACUCGAACAAUAUCGCAUACUCAAUCAGUUGCAACAGCAGCGACA